AAAAAACGAUUAGGUUCAAUUAUUUAGAUAAGAACAAAUUCCAAACCAGUUAUGCUUAUUAUUAUCAUUAUAUUAUGAUUUAUAAUUGACCAUCAGUUACUUUAAUAGGUUAUGUAUAAAACUAUGAAGUUUCCAUGUAUAAAGAUAAUUAACAGUAUAAAAAAAGCAUUAUCUCGUCAUUAUCAUCAUACUGCAAAUCAACUCGAAAGAAGUAUGACUAACAUGCGUAGUUAUCAGGAAGCACUUCAGGCUUUAAAUGAGCUUCAAACUAAUGCAGACUAUAUUAAAAAUGUGGCAAAUCAGCCAAGGAAUGCAUCUAAUAUUCCAGAAGUUAUUAAAUUUUUAGGCAGGACUGGUUUGUCUGUAACUGAUCUAGAUAGAUUGUCUGUCAUCCAUGUGACUGGGACUAAUGGGAAAGGUAGUACAUGUGCCUAUACUGAAAAGAUAUUGAGAAGUCAUGGCUGUACAACUGGAUUUUUUUCAUCACCACAUCUUCUUGAUGUACGAGAACGAAUUAGAAUAAAUGGAAAACCAAUAUCCAAAACAGUAUUUAAAAAUUAUUUUUGGAAACUUUAUAAUUUGCUCAACAAGCAAAAGGAUUCUCCCGCAGAUAUGCCAUUAUAUUUUCGAUUCAUGACGAUAUUAGCUUUUCAUAUAUUUUUGGAUCAUAAAGUGGAUGUUGCUAUUUUAGAGGUGGGAAUUGGUGGAGAAUAUGAUUGUACAAAUGUUGUAAGAAAAACUUCAGUGGUGGGGAUAACUCCUUUAGAUUACGAUCAUAUGGCCUUAUUAGGUAAUACUUUAGAAUCAAUCGCUUGGAAUAAAGCAGGAAUUAUGAAGGCAGGAUGUUCAGCAUUUACAGUAAAGCAACCUUCGAACGCAUUAAAAGUUUUUGAAGAACGAAGUGUAGAGAAAAAUUGUUCUCUAACUGUCGUGGAGAGUGAUUACUAUAGUGGAACUAAUUCGAACAUACCAUUGCACGUUCGACAAACUAAUGCGAGUUUAGCUUUGGCCUUGUCAGAAGCUUUUAUAAACAAAGAUACCAAUAACAAUUUUAAGAAAUUCGAUUUGGAUUUAGCGAAAAGAUCAAUUGAGGAAACAUAUUGGCCUGGGCGGUAUGAAAUAAGAAACUUCCAAAAAAAUACGUUUUAUCUGGAUGGUGCACAUACACUUGACAGUUGUUGUGUGUGCAGAGAUUGGUUUAUUGCACACGUUAAGAACAGCAAAAGAAAACGGUGCCUGAUAUUUAACGUUACCAGAGCCAGAGCUUCAGAAGUUUUUUUUAAGGAACUAACGAAAUGUAAUUUUGACGUGGUUAUUUUCAUUCCGAAUGUAGGUAGCAGUAAUGAUAAACCAGAUACAGCUGAUUUCGUAUGUCCCGCAGAGAAGCAGCUGCUGCAGUGUGAAGCAAACAAAGAACAAUGGCUGAAUAUGGAGGAAACAUCAAACAAAAAGGUAGAAAAAGCUGCAGUCUUUCCUUCGUUUGCCCAGGCAGUGGAAUUUUUAAACGCAUCUGGUACAUAUGAUUGUCUUGUUACGGGUUCUAUACAUUUAAUAGGAGCUGCCAUGUCCGUACUGGAUCCUACACUUAGCGGAGCAUUAGAGGAUGAUUAGGAUAUUUGAUGGAAGAAUCGUGCUGUGGUAUUUUGAUCGGAAGAGGUCAGUGGCCCUUUACAAUAUUGUUUGGAAACUGUCAUCACAUGGCUACAGAAACAAACUGAAUGAUUUCCUACUUCUUUGUUUCCUACCAGUUUCCUGAACAGUUUCCUACUCCAUUGAGGGGUUUAGUCAAUUAGGUUAAAUUAUAGACCUCUUUACAUUUGUUUAUACUAUUUUAAUACUAAUUUUUGGCUCAAGUAUAUUAUCUAUUUUUUAAUAAACAGUAUUGUUGAUGAUAAAUUGUUAUAUCAAUAUUUUUAUAAUAAAAACUACUUAA